ACGGGACACCACUUCUCAGUUUGUCUGAGUUCUCGCUCAGUUCAAACGGAGACGGGACGCAGCAGAAACCCCAGGAUGGCAGUUUGGGGUAAAACCGUCUUCUGGAGCCUCUUGUUCCUCCUGGCAGAUGCUCAGAUGCCACCACCUGUGAGUCCUGAACCAUCUAUAGUUUAUCCUUUUAGAAGUACUUGUGCUGUAGAAGGAUCGACUGUCACCCUCCCCUGCACCUUCACACCAGCAACGUCUGUCAGGAUAAAAAGAAAAGAUGAGAAACUGAAGAUCGUCAGAGUCCUCUGGUGUCAGAACCAUCCGAUCUGUCAGCGUGAAACCCCGUCUGUGUACGACAGUAAUUCAACAAACAACGACCCUCGCUAUCAAUACCUGGGAGACAAGAAGAGAAACUGCACUUUACAGAUCAGAGAUAUUCAGAAGGAAGACGACGCAACCUUCAGAUUCAGGAUGGAAGCUGAUAAUGGAGCAGGACAUUUUACUAACAGAACAGGAGUGAGAGUCUUUGUUGUUGAUGGGAUUCAGAUGAUGAUACAGAGCUCCAGCAACAACAACACAUUCACUAGAGGUGAAUCAGUCUCACUGCAGUGUACUACACGCUGCACUUUCCACCAGCUGGAGGUCACCUGGUUCAAAGAUGGACACGCCCUCUCACAGUCUGGCCCCACCCUCCAUCUCACCUCCAUGACUGCAAAGGAUUCUGGGAACUACACCUGUGCUCUGAAGAAGAAUAUGAAAACACAGUCUCUGCAGCGCAGCCUGCAGGUGGAACCAGGGGAACCAGAGGAACCAGGGGAAGGCUCUAGGGGCCAAACACUGGCCGUGGUGUUCGGGGUCCUGCUGACCGUCAUCACCGUCGGCCUCUUCGUCUUCAUCGUCAAAAGGAAAUGGGCAGCGGCUGCAGGUCAGAGAACUUUAGGAGGAGAGAUGAAGCACAAGGCUCCUGAUAAUAUCGUCAGCGGGGUCCAAACAGAAGAUCAUGAAUAUGAAACCGGUGGAGCUGUGGAGGACGUCAACUACGCCUCUGUCCAGUUCACAUACCGGGAACAGGGCAGGAAGGGGGGGUCAGCUGUGGAUCAAAGACAAUGUCCUGAUUACAUCUACAGUAGUGUCCAAACAGGAAAUGAGCAAAAGGAAAGCAGUGACGUCAGCUAUGCAUCGGUUGAGUUCAAAAACAAGAAGAAAAGGGGAAGACGGGAGGAGGAGGGAGAUGCCGUCGUCUACGCUGGAGUCGUGACUUGAGGCUGAAUUCUCCGAAUGUUAAAGUUCACAAGCCGAUGAACUGAAACACAAUAAACACGAUAAACCGAUUUAUUUCCAUUCAGACAUUUUAAGUAUACUAGUAUGUUUGAAUAUAUAUACAUAUAUAUAUCCUUUUACUGAUGUAAAAGGCAGAUGGAGAUAAACAGUUCUUAAUAUUUGUGAUAUUUGUGGAGAAGGGGUGUUAGUAUAUAAGUUGCAUCCUUUUCAGACGUGUUCAAGGAUUCUGUCAUGUUUCUGUGUCUCUUUUAUUUAAUCAACGUGUUUUGAGUUUCCUGUUUUAUUUUGCUACAUGUCUUGAUUUCCUGUUUAUUGGUUUCUCCUCGUGUGAUUGGUUGGAUCUGUCUCACCUGUGCCCUCCUGUGUAUUUAUUGCGCUGCCUUCCCUUUGUUCCCUGUUGCGUGGUUGUGUUACUUUCAUUCGUCCCCAUGUUCCUGUGAUUUUUGGCCUUUUGCCGUGUUUUUGAAUCUUUUGUGUUUUGGAUGUACCUGCCCUCUGCAGCGCCCGCUGUUUUUCUUUUCUUUAUUAAAUACCGGAGUCUCGCCUCA